UCAGGUUUCCCCUCGCCGACGCCUCCAUCGCCCUCCGGGCUCCGCCUCCGCCGCCGCCGCCAUGGGGAGAAGGCCUGCUAGGUGCUACCGCCAGAUCAAGAACAAGCCGUACCCCAAGUCAAGGUACUGCCGUGGUGUCCCUGACCCCAAGAUCAGGAUCUAUGAUGUUGGCAUGAAGAAGAAGGGCGUGGAUGAGUUCCCCUACUGUGUGCACUUGGUGAGUUGGGAGAAGGAGAAUGUCUCCAGUGAAGCUCUUGAGGCUGCCCGCAUUGCUUGCAACAAGUACAUGACCAAGAAUGCAGGAAAGGAUGCCUUCCACCUAAGGGUCAGGGUCCACCCGUUCCAUGUCCUUCGUAUCAACAAGAUGCUCUCGUGUGCUGGGGCUGAUAGGCUCCAAACUGGAAUGAGGGGUGCUUUUGGGAAGCCUCAGGGUACCUGUGCUCGCGUGGACAUUGGUCAGGUUCUUCUUUCUGUUCGUUGCAAGGAGAGCAAUGCUAAACAUGCUGAAGAGGCACUCCGCCGUGCCAAGUUCAAGUUCCCUGGCCGGCAAAAGAUCAUCCACAGCAGGAAGUGGGGCUUCACCAAGUUCACCCGUGAGGAGUACGUCAAGUUGAAGGCUGAGGGCAGAAUUAUGUCUGAUGGUGUCAAUGCUCAGCUGCUUGGUUCUCAUGGUCGUCUUGCGAAGCGUGCCCCUGGGAAGGCGUUUCUGGCUGAGACCAUUCAAGCUUCCGCCUAGAUGCCUCUUGCUGAAUGGAACUUGAGAGAUUUUGCUUUAGCUAGUCUAAUUUUGCAUGCUAGAACUCAUGUUUUAAGAAUUGGUUGUCUUCAGGAUGAUCUAUUUUUCUGUAAUAGUUCCUUCUGUAGGCCAGCUUGAUAUGGAGGUUUUGCAUAUCAUCAGUACCUUGUUUGAAUUUUUGCUACAUAUCGUUAUCCCAAAGCUAUAUCUCAGUUGGAUUGUGAAGCUUUAUUAAUUCAUAAACUCGCCUGCGUCUUUACAUCUCAUAAUGUAGUGAUAUGCCCAUUUUGGUU